AUGGCGGCCGGGGCGCCGAGCGUAGCCGAGGAGCGCGUCGGGCAGGUGGUGAUGCCCGGGGACGUGCUGCUCCUUCCCGCCUCGCCUGAGGCAGACGGCGAGCGGCUACGCCUUGCUCCGGCCGGGCCUCAGAAAGGGCGGCUGAUCUGCGGGCCGGGGCUGAGGCGCGGCGGCGAAGGCCUGCUGGUCACCAAGUGCGGCCUCCUUCGGUAUCGGGGUCCGGCCGGAACAAUAGGGGGCGUGACCGGAAGUGGCUCCGGGGGAACCUAUUGGGUGGACUCCCAGCAGAAGAGGUAUGUCCCAGUCAAAGGAGACCAUGUGAUAGGCAUAGUGACCGCCAAAGCUGGGGACAUAUUCAAACUGGAUGUUGGCGGAAGCGAACAGGCCUCUCUGUCCUACUUGGUCUUCGAAGGGGCCACCAAGAGAAACAGGCCAAAUGUUCAGGUCGGAGACCUUAUCUAUGGCCAGUUCGUCGUCGCCAACAAAGACAUGGAGCCUGAGAUGGUGUGCAUCGACAGCACCGGCAGAGCCAACGGGAUGGGAAUUAUCGGACAAGAUGGCUUCUUAAUUAAGGUUUCCUUAGGCCUAAUAAGGAAACUUCUAGCUCCUGGCUGUGAAAUCAUCCAGGACUUGGGACAACUUUACCCAUUUGAGCUGGUGUUGGGAAUGAACGGAAGAAUAUGGGUGAAGGCCAAAACGAUUCCACAGACUUUAAUUGUGGCAAAUAUCUUAGAAGCCUGUGAGCACAUGACUGCAGAACAGAGGAAGCAAGCGGUUGCCAGACUAUUGGAGAGCUGAUGAGAAA